AUGUCGCAGAACGCCAUCACACACCGUCUGGUAAAUGCGACGAAUAUCGUCUUCCAUUUGAUGGACCUGCAGCCCUACGCUUUGGUGCUGCCGAUGAACUGCAAGACUGCAGCCCGAAACAAACGUAAAAUAAUGCAGAAGAUACUGGGCAACAACCGCACAGUUACCGUUGCUGAGAGUGGCAAAGUAUCGGUUGAUGGUGACGAUAAGCACAGCGUCGAUGCCGCAGGCAGUAAGGUGACACCUAUCGGACCCACCAAAACGGAUUCGACCGCAUCCACAGACACCAGUAUAGCUGAUGCCCUAAGGGCAGAUGGCCUUGACAAGUCCGACAACAGGCUAGUACACCGCAACAGCAAUGGAACUGUGUACCAUAGCGAAGAUACGUCGGGGAACGCUGCGUCACCUCGUGAAAUGAGGAUAUGUUCCGUGCAGACGCGCAAGGAUUCGAUUUCAUCCGACAUAGGUUUGGGUGAGAACACAAACGAAUCUCUCACGUUAAAACUGGAUUACGACCUUCCUGUGGAUGAUGCGAAUUCGCCAUUUUUUACGGUCAAUCGCAUAGUUGAGCGUCUGGACUCGGAAGAUAUGAAAGGCUGCAUCAUUAUGCUUGCCGCCAGGAGUGGUUCAUCCUCGGGAGUUGUGCCGUUAGCCGGCGGUAUUAUUGAAGUUUAUGACGAACACGAACGCAGUAUUCAGGCCAUAUGGUUGAACCGCUCGGUUGCACAGCGAUCAGACGUGCGAAUCUUGCUGAAAACGCUGGUGUUGCGCAUUUUCGCGCACGCCUACCAGAUCAACUUACCCAACCGGCGUUACACGAAAAGCAACAAGCUUGUAUCCAUAUACCAAAGCAUGCUGGUGACGUUUCCGCGCGAGUGCAUCUCGUUCAUCGAAAAGGAGAUGCUGCUGUCUAAGCAUUAUGAGGCUUACGGGUUCAACGAGCCGCACAACGACAACCCCAAAGUGCCGUGCAGGUGCCACAAGAUGGCACCCGAAGCAAGCGAAUUGUUCUACGGGAUAUCUGAAUCCCGGUUCAACAACUUGUACACAUCGCUUUACGAGAAACUGCUGUUUGACUCCAUCGGCAGGAUGACGCCCAUAAUGAAGAUGUACCCCGCUGGUUCUUUCAACCAAGAGGAAAAGAUAGAUCAGAUUUCGAAAGCCGUGCGCGAAAUAGAGCGGUCCCUCAGGGAGCAGGGCGCUAACAAGAAGGCCCGCAAGGCGUGA